UUCCACGAUCAUGUGACUCUAAUGUUGACAGAAGCGGUUUGUUUGGAGGAACCGAGACGGUUCUGGAGGAUCUGACCCGGUUCUGAUUGGGACCCUGACCCAGGCUCUGGUUCUGACCCAGGUCCAGGUCUCUGAUCCAGGUCCAGGCUCUGGUCCUGACCCAGACCCGGUACCAGCGGGACCGGCGGGACCGGCAUGGACAUCCAGGACGAGCGGCGGCGGCUGCUGGACGGCGAGGCCGGAGAACCGAGCCCGGAACCGGGACUGGUGUCGGAGCGGGACGCCUACCUGAGCAAGGUGAGCAACGGCCGGCUCUACCUGGCCACGCUGGCCUCCGUGCUCGGCCCGCUGAGCUUCGGCUUCGUGCUCGGCUACUCGUCCCCUGCCAUACCGGAGCUGAGCCGGGAAUCAGACCCACGACUGCGGCUCAGCGACCAGCAGGCCUCCUGGUUCGGGUCCAUCGUGACGGUGGGCGCGGCGCUGGGCGGGCUGCUGGGCGGCUGGUUGGUGGAGAAGGUGGGCAGGAAGCUGAGCCUGAUGUUCUGCUCGCUGCCCUUCGUCUUCGGCUUCACCGUCAUCAUCGCGGCCCAGAACGUCUGGAUGUUCUACGCCGGCCGGGUUCUGACGGGCCUGGCUAGCGGCGUCACGUCGCUGGUGGUCCCGAUCUACAUCUCUGAGGUGGCCCAUGAGAAGGUCCGGGGUCUCCUGGGCUCCUGCGUCCAGCUGAUGGUGGUGCUCGGCAUCAUGGGAGUUUACCUGGCAGGUCUGUUCCUGGACUGGCGCUGGCUAGCGGUCGUCUCCUCCAUCCCCCCCACGCUGCUGCUGGUGGUCAUGUGCUUCAUGCCGGAGACGCCGCGGUUCCUGCUAGCGCAGGGGAAGAGACGCGAGGCCGAGGAGGCGCUGAGGUUCCUGAGGGGCCCGGACGCCCCGGUGGAGUGGGAGUGUUCCCGGAUAGAGGAGUCCGGAGACCAGCAGGGUUCCAGUUUCGGCCUGUCGGACCUGAGGGAUCCCGGCGUGUACAAGCCGCUGCUGCUCGGCGUCAUGCUCAUGUUCUUCCAGCAGAUGACGGGAAUCAACGCCAUCAUGUUCUACGCGGAGAACAUCUUUGAGCAGGCGCACUUCAAGGACAGCGACCUGGCCUCGGUCAUCGUGGGUCUGAUCCAGGUCGUCUUCACGGCGCUGGCGGCGCUGGUGAUGGACAAGGCCGGGAGGAAGGUGCUGCUGGUCGUCUCAGGCGUCGCCAUGGCGAUCAGCACCACAACGUUCGGCGUCUACUUCUACCUGACGGCUAAACUCCACCCCGGCGCGGGGCUAGGCGCGGUUAGCGGCGACGCCGCCCCCGACCUGUCGUGGCUAGCGCUGGCUAGCAUGGCCGUCUUCAUCUCAGGUUUCGCCAUCGGGUGGGGACCAAUCCCGUGGCUCAUCAUGUCGGAGAUCUUCCCCGUCAGGGUGCGAGGCUUCGCCAGCGCCGCCGUGGUGCUAACCAACUGGAGCAUGGCCUUCGUUGUCACCAAGACCUUCCAGGACAUGGUGAACCUCCUCUCCAGCGCCGGGACCUUCUGGCUUUUCUCCUCCAUGUGCGUCGUCAACGUGGCCUUCACCGUCUUCUUCAUCCCGGAGACCAAAGGACGGACGCUGGAGCAGAUCGAGGCCCGGUUCAGGGGGACGGGCCCGUGAGGGGACCGGACCUGGACCUGGACCUGGACCUGGACCAGAACCGGGACCGGGACCAGAACCGGGUCUCUGGGCAUUUUUAAACCCCUUCUCUGAGUCUGUGAAGCCGGUUGUCAUGACGACGGUCCCUGUGAGACCACCGGGUCACCGAGGUCCGACCCGCCUGAUCCGGUUCUGAUGGACUAGAGAGAGAAACCGUCUCACGUUUUAAUACUGUAGUUUUAUGUUUUAUGUUCCCUAGAACCGGACCUGGACCUGGACCUGGACCUGGUCCUGGACCUGGUCCUGGACCUGGUCCCAGAACCCAGUCAUUUACGAGAAUAAAGUCGUAAUAUUACGACUUUAUUCUCAUAAUAUUACGACUUUAUUCUCAUAAAUUACGACUUUAUUCUCGUAAUUUUACGACUUUAUUCUCAUAAAUUACGACUUUAUUUUCGUAAUAUUACGACUUUAUUCUCGUAAUUUUACGACUUUAUUCUUGUAAUAUUACGACUAUUAAAGGUCCCAGAACCGGUUCUGGUUCUGACAUCUUCGGGGAAGAAGCUCAAACGUUUUCUUUAAUUUUUAGAAUCAAAACUGACUUUAAGCUUUAAACGGUAAAAGAAAUAUUAUAAUAUUUUGUAGUAAUUUUCACUCAAUUUAUUAUUCUAACUGGAAUGUUUUGAUCGUGUUUGACUUGUGCACAUUUAAUUUUAAUUCCGUUUGAACGACGUUACUGUCUUUUCUGUUGUUUUUUACCUGUUUGUCUCCCAGUGAGAAUAAACAACGGGUGGUGUUUGAUUGAUCAACGUUUCUAAACCUUCUUUGGCUCAAAUGUACGACGAGUAUUAGGGCCAAACUAAGACAAAAAAAAUUGAAAAAUUACAAAAAUAAAGUCAUAAUAUUAUGAGAAUAAAGUUGUAAUAUUACGAGAAUAAAGUUGUAAUAUUACAACUUUAUUCUCAUAAUAUUAUGACUUUAUUUCCGUAAAAUUACGACUUUAUUUUAGUAAUUUUACGACUUUAUUCUCGUAAUUUUACGACUUUAUUCUCGUAAUAUUACGACUAUUAAAGGUCCCAGAACCGGUUCUGGUUCUGACAUCUUCGGGGAAGAAGCUCAAACGUUUUCUUUAACUUUUAGAAUCAAAACUGACUUUAAGCUUUAAACGGUAAAAGAAAAUUGGUGUGUUUUUAUAAUAUUUUGUAAUAAUUUUCACUGGAUUUAUUAUUUUAACUGGAAUGUUUUGAUCGUGUUUGACUUGUGCACAUUUAAUUUUAAUUCCGUUUGAACGACGUUACUGUCUUUUCUGUUGUUUUUUACCUGUUCGUCUCCCAGUGAGAAUAAACAACGGGUGGUGUUUGAUUGAUCAACGUUUCUAAACCUUCUUUGGCUCAAAUGUACGACGAGUAUUAGGGCCAAACUAAGACAAAAA